AUGAAGAAAAACAUUGAUGUUUAUGAUUUCAACGAAGAUGACGAGCUCGCUGAGUCUGCAGCUGGAAAGUUGUUGGAAAAAUUCACAAACCCUAGUCCGUGCAAUUCUCCGGUUCUGCAACGCCAACGCAUCCGAAGCUGUAAGUUUCAAUUCCGAAAAAAUAUAUUUGGGAACAUCGCUGUGUUUCUGAUUUGCCAUGACAAACGUGUUCAGAACGAGGAACUGGAAGGUACAAGUUGUGCAGAGGCUGGUACUGCUGUAGUGGAUCAUCAAUGUGAAGAUUCUCCGACUUUAGUAACAGAAGCUGAGGAGUCCGGAAUGAGUCUCACAUUUCGUUUGGAAACCAGAGACCGUUUGGAAGAAAGAGAUGGAGGUCACGAUAACCAUGGAUUGAUGUUUGGUUUGAAUACAGAAGAUCAAGCAAAAGAAACAGAUGUAGAUCACGAUAAUCAUGGAUUGAUGUUUGGUUUGAAUACCGAUGAUGACAUUGAAGAAAUUGAUGUAGAUCAUGGAUUGGAAAGUUUCUCUUGCCAGCCAGACGCGAAAACUUUCUACGCUGGAACUUCGUCGUACAGCCAACACCAGCUAAACUCAUCCCUUUCAGAUUCUUCAUCCAGUCAGGAUCAAAAUGAUAUGCUGUCAGCUGUUGAUGAAAGCUUGAGUGAUCGAUCUGCGCUGAGUCAAGCUUCUGAUUCAGAAGGUGAUGAAGAUAUGCGUGGAUGUCCCCCAAUGUUUAACUGGGUAUUGAUUUCAAUGUUAUAUGUGCUGAAAGAUUGGAUGACUGAACACUGCUUCAGUGAUGUGGAAAAGAUUGACAGAAACACGACUGUUAUCAUGACUCCAGAGUAUGUUUUACUUAAGGAUACGUCUUGUGCUGAAUCUCUGGUAAUGUUUUCAUGCAAUGGCAUCAAAAUAAAGAGUUACCUUGCAAAUAAUGAAGAAGCGCCAUUCUCUUGUGAAGUUGGAGUUGAAGACAUUGUUAACAUUGAGGAGUUGAAGUUUGCGGUUAAAGAGCACAACUGGCCUGAGAAGCAACCAAAAAUUAACUCGCUGCAUGUGAAAUACCCAGCUGUAUGGAAUGCUGACCUCGAAUGUUGUCUUCUGUUCUUCUUUGGUAAGGCACUACUUGUGUGGCUCUCUGAAAAUUUUUUCGCUCAAGGUGCUAAGCUUUGUGAUAUCGCUCUGGCUUCUGGAAAAAUCUUUGAAGGUGAAGGAUUCAAAUACGUUUCUGAAUCUUUCGAGAAGAAUAUUUUACGCUUCUUGGGACUUUUAAGUGACGGUGGAGUCCACUCUCGUCUUGAUCAGCUACUGUUGUUGAUUAAGGGUUCUGCUGAACGUGGUGCUAAGAGAAUCCGUGUUCAUAUUCUUACUGAUGGUCGUGAUGUUUUGGAUGGUUCAAGUGUUGGAUUUGUGGAAACCCUUGAAGCUGAUCUCGCUAAGCACCGUGAGAAUGGUGUUGAUGCUCAGAUUGCAUCUGGUGGAGGUCGUAUGUAUGUGACUUUGGACAGGUGUGAGAAUGAUUGGGAAGUUGUGAAACGUGGUUGGGAUGCUCAAGUUCUUGGUGAAAAUCCACAUAAAUUCAAAAACGCUGUUGAAGCUGUGAAGACAUUGAGGAAAGAGCCUGGUGCUAAUGAUCAGUAUUUGCCUCCGUUUGUGAUUGUUGAUGAUGCAGGGAAAGCGGUUGGUCCUAUUGUGGACGGUGAUGCUGUUGUCACUUUCAAUUUCAGGGCUGAUCGUGUGGUUAUGCAUGCUAAGGCACUUGAAUAUGAAGAUUUUGACAAAUUUGGCCGUGUUAGGUUCCUAAAGAUCCGUUAUGCUGGUAUGCUGGAGUAUGAUGGUGAGCUAAAGCUGCCUAACCGUUACCUUGUUACUCCCCCGGAGAUCGAUAGAACUUCUGGUGAAUAUUUGGUUCACAAUGGCAUCCGUAUCUUUGCUUGCAGUGAGACUGUCAAGUUUGGGCAUGUCACAUUCUUCUGGAAUGGAAACCGAUCUGGAUAUUUCAACGAGAAAUUGGAGGAGUAUGUUGAAAUCCCAAGUGACAGUGGAAUAUCAUUCAAUGUGUUGCAGGUGCCAAUUGCCAUUGGAGGCCCUGGAUUGUCACAAGGAGUGAGAUUCCGUAAGGAUCUGGAAACACCGGGACUUGCGAAUGUAGCUGCGACAGUGAUGAACCUCCAUGGAUUCGUGGCUCCAGCUGACUAUGAGCUGAAGUAG